CAUAUAUUUAUUCAUAAAUGGACCCAAAGAUUCAUCAUUUGCAUAAUUUUAAGAGAAAACAAAAUAGAAAAGAAAAAAAUCAUGGCGACAGUUGAAUUUACGGAAAUGUCCCUGGUCAAGCCUUCUCACCAACCGUUCUCCACCGACCACACCCUCUCUCUCUCCCACCUCGACAACGACACCAACCUCCACGUCACCUUCCGCUACCUCCGCGUCUACUCCCCCUCCGCCGCCGCCGGCGACAACCUCCCCUCCUCCGUCGUCCCCGGAGCCCUCGCCGCCACACUCGUCCACUACUACCCACUCGCCGGAACCCUCCGUCGCCGCAGCGCCGAUGGAGACGACCGCCUCGAGCUCCACUGCAGAUCCAGCGAUGGCGUGCCUCUUAUCACCGCCUCCGUGAACUGCACGCUCGAAUCUGUCGAGUAUUUGGAUGGAUCCGACCCGGAUUUCGAGGAGAAAUUGGUACCCGAACCGACCCGGGAAGAUGGAAUGCUCAACCCGUGCGUGCUCCAAGUGACGUCGUUCCGAUGCGGCGGGGGGGGCCUCGGGGCGGCGAUUCACCACGCGCUCUGCGACGGGUUAGGGGCGAGUCUGUUCUUCAACGCCAUGGCGGAGAUAGCUCGCGGGUCAGGUCGGAUCUCAGUCGACCCGGUCUGGGACCGGGAGCGUUUGCUCGGCCCGAGGGACACGCCUUAUGUCGGAGCUCCGGUCCGAGACUUCUUGAGCUUGGACAAAGGGUUUGAUCCGUACGGACAAGCCAUCGGACCGGUCGUGAGGGAAUGCUUUGUGGUGAACAACAAGUCACUGGAUCGGUUCAAGGCCUUGCUGCUAGAGAAAUCGGGACAGAGUUUCACCACGUUCGAAGCUCUAGGCGCCUUCAUAUGGCGGACGAAGGUGAGAUCGGCGAAGAUUCCAGCAGACGAGACGGUGAAAUUCGUGUAUUCGAUAAACAUAAGGAAGCUAAUGAACCCACCAUUGUCGAAAGGAUACUGGGGAAACGGCUGCGUCCCGAUGUACGCACGGAUCAGAGCGGGCGAACUCAUGGAUCAACCCAUCUGGAGAAUCGCCGAGCUGAUAAAGCAGAGCAAAUCCAAUGCCAGUGACGAGUACGUUCACUCCUUCAUCGACUUUCACGAGCUUCACCAUAAAGAUGGAAUCAAUGCCGGGAAAGAAGUGAGCGGGUUCACGGACUGGAGGCACUUGGGCCAUUCGGCUGUGGAUUUCGGGUGGGGAGGACCAGUGAAGGUGUUGCCAUUAUCAAACAAGUUGCUCGGUGGCAUGGAACCGUGCUUUUUCUUGCCAUGUUCGGGUAAAGGCAAGAAGGACGACGGAUUCGAGGUCCUCGUUAAUCUGCGUGAAGCCGCCAUGCCUAUGUUCAAGGAGGAGAUGGAGAAGUUCUGCAAUGGUGAAUUCGUUUUUCCUUAAUCACCAAUAAAAGAAAACGAUUACAUGAUCAUGAAUGAUCCAUAAUUUCAUCAAGGGAACAAAUAUAUCAAGCAUUUGUUACAACUUUUCUGUAUAGAUUGAGAAUAAUGAAAGAAUAAGCCUUACAGAAUGUUA